GGGAUGAAUAUGAUUCAGAUGUAGUCCUCCAAAGAUGCAGGAAUCACACAGGAAUUUAUUAGCAGACUUUUAAGUUCUGGCCUCUGAUAAUAAUGAGAAGAACUCCUGCUUUAGUUGCUUAUUGAUAUUUAACUUUUAUUCAGAUUUUUGAGGCUUAAAUGUGUAAUAUUGAGGCAGGGGGAUGCAAAGGAUAAAAUACUUUCUUUUUCUGGAAGUAAGUUCUCUUAAUAAGUAUCUCAAGAAGAAUUUGCUUUAGAAGCUUGCGUGGCUACUAGUGCAAAUGAUUUUGUAAUUAGGUAAAUAACUCUAAAACUGUAUUGACUAUGUUAGUGAAAAGCCUAGCCCUAAUAAUGUUAACGUUGGUGGAGUAAUUGGUAGUUUCUUCCUGAUAAACACACUGUGCUCUAUUGCUUGCUAAGGGAGUUACUUCUUUAAGCAAAAAGCUUACCUCUACACAAGUAGUCGUCCAUGGUAUGGUGGAUAGUGUGGCCCUCCAUCAAUAUGAGAUACUGAAUGAUUACCAUCUUUACAUUUGUUUUUGUUUGCCCCAGCACAUAACACCCUUAUUAUUACGGUGAUAGGAUAUUUCACCAGUUCAUUGAUCAUGCUGUCUUUUUUGUUUGUGUUAUUUCUUAAGAUUUUCAAGUGAUUGCAGUUGCAUCCUCACUAGACUGAAUUACUUUGUUUUUAAUAUACAUGUUGGUAUAUUUAUCCUUUCUGUACUGACCACUAAGGUGUAUUUUUCCAGUUACAUGGAUCUUUAUUUUAAUUAUUUUAAAAUCGCUGAAAAAAUACUUGGCUUAGAAUUUAAUUUUAUGAUUUCUGGUGUAAUACAGCUUUUAUUUCCUUCAUAUGACAAAAGUAUGGUCUAACUGCAUGAAUGCUGGCUGCUUAUUUGAAGUCCAUCCUUACAAAUAAAUGGUAGAUACGGCUGUAGAAGUAAUUUCAGGUCUUCAAAAUUAAUUUGGCCAGCAAAAGAAUUUUGUCUAAGGGUUUUAUAAUAUUUUCUCUAGUGUGAUAAAAUAGUUGUUUGGUUUUUUGGUUUUGUUUUAAAGAGACAUCCCUGAAAUGUCUGUCUUGUCUCGUUCUGUUAGAGCUGAAAUUUGUUAAAAUAACUCUCCUUCUUUAAAGAUAUAUGUUAUCAACUUGUUACUGUUUUAUCUGAAGAUGGAUUUCAGUAAACCGUGUACUUUUCCAUCAUCAUGGCAAACUAAAAAGUCUGUAAUUUUUUUCAGUUUGGGAAGAAGAUGGAGAGAGCAGGAAAUUAGCGUAGCUUCCAUUCCACUUCAGAUUAGCUAACUGGAAAAAUACAUGGAGUAUAAUGUGGCCAGGUAAACUGGCAUAACUUUGUUAUUUUCUGAGAAACAUUCCAUUUCAGCAGUUUUGUUUCUAAUGUUUUUGUCAUUCAUUAUCAUUUUUCCUGUCUGCCUUUACGGGUUGCUUUAUUUUUCAUAAAUGUAUUAUACUUUCAUCUCAUAUGUUGCAUCAGCUAUUUCUGAAAUGUGGAUCCACACUUUAAAUUGAUAAAAUUCUGUAUUUAAUCUACAUCAAUUAUGCUAAGGCUUCUUGUAGUAGGUUAUACUACCACUAGAGUGCUAGUUUUUAUUCUUAGAAAUGUCUUAGCCAUGUUGCAUAGUUUUGUUUACUGCCACUAUUUUGUUGUGAGUCUAGUAGCUGAAAACUAAUAAGAUAUUUGAAUUAGGAUGCAUUUUUGUUUAAAUGCCGUGAUUGACAGUCAUUAAAGCUAAGGCAAGCAGUGAAAUAAUUGACUAAUUUCUUCAUCUUUUUCCUAUGGUACAUAUAUAUAAGUUAUAUUUGUACAGCAGAUAGCAGAUCUCUCCUAGCAAUUAGCUGGUGGCUUUAUUUUAACCGUAUUUGUCAGAUGUAUCACAUAUCAGGCUGAUGGCUAUUUUUGGAGCAGUCUACAUGACUAAGAGUACUGCAGUUACACUUUGGAAGAUGAAAGGGAAAAACAUUUGAGAGGUCGUUGAACAGGGUAUGUUUGUUAAGCACUGCAAAGUAGAAGUAUAUCUAACAGAAUUAAAACUGUGUGAAAAUGGAAAUAUGAACAAUGUUGUCACACGAAGAUUUAGUAAAGCUGAUACAAUAGACACAAUUGAAAAGGAGAUAAGAAAAAUCUUCAAUAUUCCAGGUGAAAAAGAGACCAGAUUGUGGAACAAAUACAUGAGUAAUACUUUUGAACCUUUGAAUAAACCAGACAGUACCAUACAGGAUGCUGGUUUAUACCAGGGACAGGUCCUGGUGAUAGAACAGAAGAAUGAGGAUGGAACGUGGCCAAGAGGUCCUUCAACUCCUAAGUCCCCAGGUGCAUCCAAUUUUUCAACUUUACCAAAGAUCUCUCCAUCUCUAUCAAAUAAUUAUAACAACAUGAACAACAGAAAUGUGAAAAACUCAAACUACUGUCUCCCAUCAUAUACUGCUUAUAAGAAUUAUGAUUAUUCAGAGCCAGGAAGACACAAUGAGCAGCCAGGCCUGUGUGGCCUCAGUAACUUGGGGAAUACAUGUUUCAUGAAUUCAGCAAUUCAGUGUCUGAGCAACACACCUCCUCUUACAGAGUACUUCCUUAAUGAUAAAUACCAAGAAGAGCUGAAUUUUGACAAUCCUUUAGGAAUGCGAGGUGAAAUAGCAAAAUCUUACGCUGAGCUUAUCAAGCAAAUGUGGUCAGGAAAAUACAGCUAUGUUACCCCAAGAGCAUUUAAGACACAAGUGGGACGAUUUGCACCACAGUUUUCUGGUUAUCAGCAACAAGAUUGUCAAGAGCUACUGGCUUUUCUCUUGGAUGGCUUACAUGAGGAUUUGAAUAGAAUUAGGAAAAAGCCUUAUAUUCAGUUAAAGGAUGCGGAUGGGAGACCAGACAAGGUGGUUGCUGAAGAAGCCUGGGAAAACCAUUUAAAGAGAAAUGACUCCAUCAUUGUAGAUAUAUUUCAUGGCCUUUUUAAAUCUACCUUAGUUUGUCCUGAAUGUGCUAAGAUAUCUGUAACCUUUGAUCCCUUCUGUUACUUGACACUUCCAUUACCCAUGAAAAAAGAACGCACUUUGGAAGUUUAUUUAGUUAGAAUGGAUCCACUUGCAAAGCCUAUGCAGUACAAAGUAGUUGUUCCCAAAAUUGGAAAUAUAUUGGAUCUUUGCACAGCGUUGUCGGCUUUGUCUGGUGUUGCUGCAGAUAAGAUGAUUGUUACUGAUAUAUACAAUCACAGGUUCCACAGGAUAUUUGGCAUGGAUGAAAAUCUAAGUAGUAUUAUGGAACGCGAUGACAUUUAUGUAUUUGAAAUUGCUAUCAAUAGAACAGAAGACACGGAACAAGUCAUAAUUCCUGUUUGCUUAAGGGAAAAGUGCAGGCACACUAGCUACAGCCAUAGUGGUUCUUUACUAUUUGGUCAACCUUUUCUCAUAGCAGUGCCUAGAAACAAUACUGAAGAUAAACUGUAUAACCUGCUGCUGCUAAGAAUGUGCCGAUAUGUAAAAACAUGUACUGAAAGUGAAGACACUGAAGGUUCCCUGCAUUGCUGUAAGGACCAUGGUAUCAAUGGUAAUGGCCCAAAUGGAAUACAUGAAGAAGGAUCCCCAAGUGAAAUGGAGACAGAUGAGCAAGAUGAUGAAUCCAGCCAGGAUCAGGAACUUCCCUCAGAGAAUGAAAAUAGCCAGUCAGAAGACUCAGUUGGGGGUGACAAUGACUCUGAAAAUGGAUUAUGUGAGGAUACUUGCAAAGGUCAACCACUCACGGGACACAAAAAGCGAUUGUUUACAUUCCAGUUCAAUAAUUUAGGCAAUACUGACAUAAACUACAUCAAAGAUGAUACCAGGCAUAUUAGAUUUGAUGAUAGGCAACCUAGGCUUGAUGAAAGAUCUUUCCUUGCUUUGGAUUGGGAUCCUGAAUUGAAGAAGAGAUACUUUGAUGAUAGUGCAGCAGAGGAUUUUGAAAAACAUGAAAGUGUGGAAUAUAAGCCUCCCAAAAAGCCUUUUGUGAAAUUAAAAGACUGCAUUGAGCUGUUCACAACAAAGGAAAAACUAGGUGCUGAAGACCCAUGGUAUUGUCCAAACUGUAAAGAACAUCAGCAAGCUACUAAGAAGUUAGACUUGUGGUCACUUCCCCCCGUACUGGUAGUUCAUCUGAAGCGCUUUUCCUACAGCAGAUAUAUGAGGGACAAGUUGGAUACAUUGGUUGACUUCCCAAUAAAUGACUUGGACAUGUCAGAGUUCCUUAUUAAUCCCAAUGCAGGGCCUUGCCGCUACAACUUGAUUGCUGUCUCCAACCACUAUGGAGGAAUGGGAGGAGGGCAUUAUACUGCUUUUGCAAAAAAUAAGGAUGAUGGAAAAUGGUACUACUUUGAUGACAGUAGUGUAUCCACUGCAAGUGAGGACCAGAUAGUGUCCAAAGCAGCGUAUGUGCUCUUCUACCAGAGACAGGACACAAUCAGUGGAACUGGCUUUUUCCCACUUGACCGGGAAACUAAACAAGGUGCUUCAGCUGCCACAGGCAUCCCACUAGAAAGUGAUGAAGACAGCAAUGAAAAUGAUAAUGAUAUUGAAAAUGAAAAUUGUAUGCACACUAACUGAUGGGAAGAACUAGAAGCCAUAAAAGAGACUCUAUUACUGGGGAUACAGAGUGAAAGAGUGAAAAUGCCCACCAAAUUAAGAAUAAAAAUCUGAGAUGGGGAGUUUCAGAUAAUAGAAUGUAAAUCUAUUACAUUUAAACAUGUGCAGUACUUGAAGCGAAACAAUAAAAACUUAAACAGAAAUUCUCUAAAGCAUUUACAGUCUCAUAUUCACAAGGUAUAUAUAGGAAAUCACAAAUAAACCCCUUUUAAGUUUUCUGCUGCUGUUCUGAUGGAUUAUGUUUUAUUUUGUUUUGGAUGUGAAUUAAUAAUUAAAAUAUUAAAUCUGUGGACUUCUGACAUUUACUUUCCUAGUACUGCAAAAAUACUACUGCCAAGUCUAGUUUCCUGAUGAAUAUAUACAUGUUCCUUAGGCUGCCAACAGACUACAAGUAAAAAUGUCAUAAAUUCCCAAAGUAGUUUUCUUGAAAUUUUUGUUUCUCUCUAUUUUUCUUUUUUUUUUUUUUCCUUUCCUUUUUUAUUCGGUCACAAUAGAAGAAAUAGCUUGAAAAAGGUGGUUUAACCUUUUGUGACAUAGUGAAACAUCCAGAAUAUUACAUUCAUCUUACUUCUGCUGUGGAACAGGUUCUGGAUUUCAUGCUGCAUUAACAAAAAAGGUUUUUAAUUAAAUGUAAGUAUCCAUUGUUGCUUGCUGGAAUCUACUCUGCAGACAUAAUUCCUGUUACCUUGCUUCUAAGACAUGCAUAUUUUUUUAUCUGAUAACAGUCCAAAAUUUAAAUUGUGCUAUAAAUUCUCUCUCCCCAGUUUUUGUAGUUUGACAGCUUGCAAACUACUUUGUAUUAAGGUCAGAGUUAAUAGUAUUCUGUAUCCAUAGUAAUGACUGUGUAUCAGGCUUAGUUGAGAAUUUUUUUCAGUAUGACCUGCCUUUAAAUUGUUAAUUAACAAAAUCACUUUAAAGGUAGGCCUUUUAAUUUUCUUUGUGUGUUCCGGAUGGAAUUCACCAUAGCCUUACAGUGUAUCUGAAAAGGUAACUCAUAAGAGAAUUGGCAUUUGCAUGUUCAAGUCAGAACCUGUACAGUAUAUAAGGCAUACAAACUCCAAGUUGGGUUUCAGUUAACUAUGUUCAGGGGUCCAGGAUGCCAAAAUAAGUGUGACAGUUUGAAAUAUUUUUUGAUUUGCUGCUUUCCCAUUGAUCUAGUUGGAAGAAUGUAUUGUUGAUUGCAUACAAUACUGCCUUUGAGAGGGGCUCUUAAAUGUGGGGGCACAUGUCACAUAUCUACUACCUGGAGAAUUGCUUGGUGUCCCACUGUUUAAAUUUUAAAAAAGAAAAAAAGCAAAAAGUAUGAUGUUCUUCACUUGAACUAAUCAAAUACAAUAGGUUAUAAAUUGUGUAUUGUAAAUAAAAGUUCACUCUGUGAGUGCACAUUUUGGUAAAUUAUUUAUUUAUGUUAGCAUUAAAAAAAGUUUAAAAAAUUGCAUUUGACCAGGAUAUAAAUGAGAUAUGUUGGACAUGGCUUUGCUUUAUACCUUGAUAUUAAAACUGGUGUUUCAUCCUGGUAUUUUAAAGCUGCUUUGAGGUUUUGUUUUUUUUUUAAUGUAAACUAACCUCCUGCAUGACAGAGGUUAAAAUUUUGUCUGCACUUGAGUUCACUUGGGUUUACAUUUGAAAUGCGCAUGUUUAUUUAUACAGAUUUCAAUAAAGCUAUUCAAGGCCUUA